CUUCAAUUUCCACGAACACAAAACGCAAUCAUAUUCCUUCUCUGACAUGGAAUACAUGUUCCAAUGACUACAUUCGGCUCUGCCCCACUCGACAACGAGCCUUCUGCUACAAGAUAGAUAUCCAAAAGAAAAAGCAUGAGGGUUCCUUUAAUGAAAUCCCGUCCCACUUCUCUUCCAAUACCGCCAUAAAAGGAGAAAAUUGCGAUUAUUCUUCUUUCCUUAUGGCCAUGUUUGCUCUGAACAGAUUAUGGGGAUGAUACUGUUUCACAUAGAAUCAACGUACAUUGGUGUGGGAUCACAAUCAGAGAAUCAAUUUGAAGUAUUCUGGCUGAUCGUUCUAGCAUAUUCAUCCUGCACAAUAGGGUGAAAGCAAAACAGGGCUGAAUAGUUUGCAGAGAUGGAGGGUAAAUGAUUAAAAUUUAAAAGGGAAAAAGAACCUACAAAACGCCACGCCACCAUGUCCCUUGGCUUUAUGGAAAGUCAGCCAUGCUUUUAAAAAAUAUACAAUGAUGAUAAUGAUAAAGAAGCAUGUGAAUAUUUUGACCAAUCAAAAACUCUUUCUCGAAUCUAUAAUUCACUUUUUAUUCUCUCAUGCUCCAAGUUCGGUCUGAUUAACUCUCCCCUAUUUUCUCCAACUCAAGACUCUCAAUGGAUCCAACCCAGAUCAAGAAGAUUCAAGCCAUGAAGAGAUACAGGAGGCAUCAAUUCCUGUAUAAUUUUUAUUUCUAUUCCUUGAUUACUUUGACUUGCAUUCUGUUCUGUAGUAUCCCACUUUUGCUGCCUUACUUUGCCUCUCCGUUGAGAGAGUUUUUCAUUGUAUGCGUCCCAAGUUUUGUUUCAGCCUUGUUGGACUCAACGUUCUUAUUCAUAGUAGGUAACCUCAUCAUUGUUGUCCUUAUAGUGAACUCCAGAGUCUUCUCUUCAAAAUCCUCUUCUUCAACUUCUGAUGUUUACUAUGACGAGUUCAUCAAUAGCAGAGUCGAGAGACAAAUCCAAAGGCCCCAAGCUCCAACUUCCAAGUUCAUGAAAGCUAGAGAAAUGGAGGAACAAGCUUCAGAAUAUGCAGAUGUGAGAGAGGGAGAAGUAGAGGAGGAGAAUGCGGAUGGAGAAGAAGGUGAAGUGGGUUUGGCUUCUGAUUCUGAUGAAUUGAGCAAAAGGGCUGAUGUUUUCAUCGCGAGAGUGAACGAGCAGAGGAAGCUUGAGCUCAGCCUUUUACAAUGCAGCAGUUUCGGAGAAUGAGUUUAACGCACAGUGGAAGAAUAGCUAGCAUUGCUAAUCAAUGCUUGUUUUCACAGUUCAACUACUUGAAACCAAAAUGAUAAUUUUUUUGGGUU